CAUCAGGGAUGCAGUACUGGUCUUCCUUGGUCAUCCAAAAUCUUAGUCAUUCCCAUUAAUCAUGUGGCUUCGACAAGAGUACAAACCUGAAAAACAAAGGUUCGAAAAUCCAUUUGAACUUGAAGUUGACAGGGGUUCUGACGCUGAUCGAUCAGGAGAAGGGGACAACGAACUCUACAAUUGCAUGCCUCUCAUGAAACUUCGACAGAGCUACACAGCUCUUGGAACAACUGUUUGGGAUGGAAGUAUUGCACUCGCUAAGAUGUUCGAUAAUCGAGAUAUAUUUCCUUUACACUAUUUACAGGAAUGCCGAGUUUUAGAGCUUGGAGCUGGCUGCGGUUUAGUGGGAAUUUAUUUGUGUUUGUUAGGUGCGAAAAUGACCGUUCUAACUGAUCAGAAAUGUUGUGUAAAAACUCUUAAAGACAACGUGGCAGCAAAUGUGACUGGAGUUGGUCGGAGUAGAAUCAAGGUUGUGGAAUAUUGUUGGGGGAAAAGCACAGAAGAUUUGACAAAAGAUGGUCUGUUUCAUCUCAUUCUCGCUGCAGAAUGUCUUUAUUCAGCGGACGACUCUGUGCUUCUCGCUCAGUGCAUCACAAAAUUAGCAAAACCUGGUUCACGUAUUUACGUAUCAAUGGGAAGGAAUCGUGGAGGCGAGGAAGCAUUUGUGAAAACGAUGGCAGAUCAAGGUUAUGACUGCCACAAGGUCCCUAAAAAUGAACUUCACCCAAAAUACCAGGAUGAUGUAAUAAAAAUUUUGGAGUUCAAACUGAAAGUUUGACUUGCUAACUAAUAAAAGUAACUGAAAAAAGUUAAAGUUGUGUUACCGUUAAUACAGAAUCCCUGAAGGUUACAAGUCC